AAUAAAACAGUAAAUAAUAAUACAAGACUAUAAUUUUAUCGCUAUAACGAGUUUAAGAUCAUUCAGUUAAGAUUUCUGUGCUGGAGGCAUUGUGCGUUAUUUAUGUUUCAUUGAAAUACCAAAUAUGAUGCUCAAUAUUCGCGAAUAUAUAAUUUUUUUAUGCUUACCGUUUUGCGAGUCAGCCAACAUUCUCUAUGUUGUGCCAGUCUCUUCAAGAUCUCAUGAUAUAUUUCUAAGACCAAUAGGACUUGAACUGGCAAACAGAGGUCAUAAUAUCACCGUUAUAACCUCUUUUGACGUACCCAAUUCCCCAGAAAAUUAUCACAAAGUUGUAGUAGAAAGGAAAGAAAUAUGGGAUUUAAUGGGUACCGCAAGACCAAACAUAUUUGAAACAACAAAAAUAUCAACCAUCGAAUUAAUAAACACAAUAUUGUGGAAAGCAGGGCUUGCUUUCACGGAACAUAUUCUUAACUCAACUGAAGUACAGGAUUUUCUCAAACAAGAUAAUAAUUAUGAUUUAGUUAUCUGUGAGACGUUUGUUCAAGACGCUAUAUACUACUUUUCUCAUAGAUAUAAUGCACCUUUAGUGCUUGUAACACCCUUUGGAAAUUGUAUGAGACACAAUAUAGCCGUUGGAAAUCCAUUACAGCUAGCGACUAUUCACUACGAGUUCGUUCCGAUAGAAAAUCCUAAAAGUUUUCUGGGACGUAUGAAAAAUCUUUUCAUUUCAAUAUAUGAGUAUGUAUUGUGGAGGUUUUGGUACUUAAAAGAGCAAGAGAUAUUAGCUAAAAAGUAUAUUAAAGAUUUGCCCGAACCAGUACCAAAUUUAUACGAUACAGAAAAAAAUGCAGCGCUUUUUUUGGUUAAUAGACACUUCAGUUUUAAUGAGCCAAUGGCAUAUCUACCAAAUAUUAUCGAAAUUGGUGGAUUGCAUACUACAAUGAACGCUGAACCAGAAAUAUUACCAAAGGAAAUAGAAAAAGUAUUGAACGAAUCCACCAAUGGAAUAGUGUACAUCAAUUUCGGAAGUAAUGUUAAAAGUUCUGAACUACCAGCCGAUAAAAGGAAUGCUUUUAUAAGCAUUUUGGGGAGACUUAAACACACAGUUUUAUGGAAAUGGGAGAAUGAUCUCACAAAAGAUAUGCCACAGAAUAUAAUCACAAGAAAAUGGUUUCCACAACAUAAAAUAUUAGCACACCCUAAUAUCAAACUGUUUAUCGGUCACGGAGGAGCAAUGAGCACCCAAGAAGCUGUUUACCACGGAGUGCCUAUCCUGGGUGUACCCGUAUAUGCUGACCAAUAUAACAAUCUACUUCUCGCCAAAGUAGCCGGCUUUGGAGAAAUCCUCAAUUUUAAUGACAUCAAUGAGGCAUCUACAGAAAGGGCCAUUAAGGAUAUACUCGAGAAGGACAUAUAUAUGUUAAAAGCUAAGGAGGUUUCUAAAAUAUUCAGAGAUAGGCCAAUGAAUCCUUUAGAAACAGCAAUGUUCUGGAUAGAAUAUGUUAUUAGAAACAAUGGUACAAAUCGUAUGAAAAGCUCUGCGAUUGAUAUGCACUGGACUGUAUUCAAUAUGUUGGACGUUUAUGCGUUUAUAGUAAUAACAUUUGUUGCAAUUGCUUUUCUUGCAGUAAAAUUGUUGAUUGUUUUACGUAAUAAAUUACGUUACAGGACGGUGUUGACGAAAAAACAGAAGCGCUCUUAAAUGUGAUUUAAAUAUAAAAUGUGAUUCGUGAUUUACGUAUACGACUGAAUAAUGUUUUUUUAUUAAAGGUUUAUAUAAUAAUUAAUUAUUAAUUUAUUAAAGCAGACAACCAUAAGACCAUAAUAUUGUUAUUAAUGUGUUAGUUACAAUAUUGUCCUAAAUAUUAUAUUAGCAGAUACUCGAUUAGCUGUUCAAUCAUAAAAUUACAAUUAAUUAUAAACUUAUCCCAGCGCACAUCACCGCAACAAAACCACACACAGUAUAUUUAAUUGUUUUACAACGUAGCUACUUCCCAACGUAUAGAAAUCCUCACAUCAUUGAGGACGCUCCGUCAAGCUUGUUAAGUGUCCAGGAGCGUUUAAGUGCGGAAAAUGAGUCAACCCACCAUAUACACAGUAUCUGUCCACUUACAAUACAUAAAUAUAUUUACAACUUGCAAUGAUUA